GUGACAUUGGUGUAAUUAAUUACCACGCUUCAUGAAUUUUAAAUCUACAUGAUGGUGAAAUCAAGUGAUGCGAAUGCUUAAUCGGUAAGAAAGAAAUACACGAAAUGGCAAGUAACGCUUCUGCCCUCCUCUGCCGUCACAUUAGCUACCCUAUCCACUCGCAGAAACCAAAAGAAGAGCAGGUUGGAUACUAGCCACGUGGGGGCCCCCCACUCAUACCUAUUGUUUUAUGUUAUAUAAUAUUCCCUUCCUCAUGGCUUCAUCCUUUGCAAGGAUCACCCCACAACGCCUCACUCCAAAAAAAGAAAACAGACUCGAAUUUGAUGACGUGUCACCCCUGCUCGGACUGAUAUGGGAUCGUUCCAGCUCAUUAUCACUAUCUUAAUACGAGUAUCGUCCUCGUCGUCAGUGCUCAAAUCGACGGUUCACGUUCCUUCCCUCAUUCUUUGUCUUAUUGUGAGUCAUCCGUUACUUCAAGUGAAGUACAUGAACACUCUCUGCCACUGACUCGCUCGCUCACUCACUGCCCCACACUCAAUGGACCCUUCUUCUUCUCCUUCUCCUUGGAAAUGCGUUGUAUUCCUCUUUGCUUUCAUGAUCUUGGAUGCCGCCAUCGUCGCACUUGCAGAUCUUCCUGGCACAUGGGAACUCAUCGUUCCCAACGCCGGUAUAGCCUCGAUGCACACUGCCGUCACACGUUACGGCACGGUCGUCCUCCUAGACCGGACCAACAUUGGCCCUUCCCGGAAAAUGCUGCCUAAAGGCCAUUGCCGCUACGACCCAAAGGACGAAGUUCUCAAACGCGACUGCUACGCCCAUUCUGUCAUCCUCGACCUCAACACCAACAAAAUCCGCCCACUCAAGAUCCUCACCGACACCUGGUGCUCCUCCGGCCAGUUUCUUCCGGACGGCUCACUCUUACAGACGGGAGGCGACUUGGACGGUGUGAAGAAGAUACGAAAGUUCGUACCUUGCGGCCCACAUGGUUUCUGCGACUGGGAGGAGCUCAAAGACGUGGAGCUGGAAACAGGGAGGUGGUAUGCUACCAACCAGAUUUUACCCGACGGCUCUGUCAUCAUCGUCGGCGGUAGAGCCGCGAACAGUGUUGAAUAUUAUCCGCCAAGGAAGGGCGGCGCCGUGCAAUUGCCGUUUCUGAGUGACGUAGAGGACAAGCAGAUGGACAAUCUGUACCCUUACGUUCACCUUCUUCCCAACGGUCACUUGUUCAUUUUCGCCAAUAAUAAAGCAGUAAUGUACGAUUAUACUAGUAACAAAGUCAUGCUUGAAUACCCACCUUUGGAUGGAGGCCCACGAAACUACCCGUCGGCUGGUUCAUCGGUGAUGCUUGCUCUGGAGGGAGAUUACUCAAUGGCCAUAAUCGUGGUAUGUGGUGGAGCCCAAUUCGGCGCUUUUAUUCAGAAGAGCACUGACACCCCUGCGCAUGGUAGUUGUGGCCGCAUAGUGGCCACUUCGCCCCACCCGGUUUGGGAAAUGGAGGACAUGCCAUUUGGUCGGAUCAUGGGUGAUAUGGUGAUGCUCCCCACCGGAGAUGUUUUGAUCAUAAAUGGAGCCCAAGCUGGGUCUCAAGGUUUCGAGUUGGCUUCUAGCCCCUGUUUCUUCCCGCUUCUCUAUCGCCCAAAUCAACCGCUUGGGUUACGCUUCAUGACACUGACCCCGGGCACUGUGCCCAGGAUGUACCACUCCACCGCCAAUUUGCUGCCGGACGGCAGGGUGUUAAUCGCCGGAAGUAACCCACAUUACUUCUACAAAUUCGCAGCGGAAUUUCCCACCGAGUUGCGAAUCGAGGCAUUUUCGCCCGAGUACUUAUUUGCGGACAAAGCAAAUAUUCGUCCGGUGAUUGAUGAAUCGCCCGAAAUGGUCCGUUUCGGGGAGCAAUUUGAUGUGUUCGUAUCGGUUUCGCUGCCGGUUGUUGGGUCAAUGGAAGUGAACUUGGCAAGCGCUCCUUUUGCCACACAUUCGUUUUCGCAAGGACAGAGACUGGUGAAAUUGACCGUUAGUCCCACCGUGCCCGACGCUGAUGAACGUUACCGGAUUGUCUGUACAGCACCGCCGGGAGGGAAGAUCGCUCCGCCGGGGUAUUAUAUGAUGUUUGCAGUCAAUUUGGGGGUACCAAGUGUUGCACGCUGGGUCCAAUUGGUCCCAUAAGCCUCUUAAUUUUUUCUUCUUGUGACUUAUUAUCAUUAUUAUUUUAUUUUGCUCUUAAACGUCUCUAUCAGUCACGAGAUUUCAAAGAAAUGGAGGUGGGUUUGUCUGAAAAAGUAUGUUAAAUUUAUUAAAUUGUAAUGUCCAAUUUGCACAUAUCAAUCCAACUUUUAUUUUACCUA